AUGCAACAGCUUACAGGGCCGAACGCGGCCCAGAGGGCUGGCAGGAGCGCCGGGGCCUCCCAGGUGAUCUGCAAUGUGGCGACCGGGCCGAAGCCCGGAACUGCGGGGGCCCCCAAGGCCGUCCAGAUUAACAUGCUGGACGAGGGAUUCAACGCGGGCGGCAACAAGGGUCUGUUCACCAGCACCAACCCCGAGCUGCGCCGCGUGGUGCCUGACAACGUGGCGGGCCGCGUGAAGGUGAAGGUGGUGUACACGGUGCUGGAGGCGCAGUACCAGUCGGCUCUGUCGGCAGCCGUGCAGGCGAUCAACGCCAAGAACAAGACCGUGUGCUUUGAGAUUGUUGGCUACCUGCUGGAGGAGCUGCGCGACCCGGACAACUUUGCGUCCUUCAAGGAGGACCUGGCCAGUGCCAACGUCUUCAUCGGGUCCCUCAUCUUCAUCGAGGAGCUGGCCGAGAAGAUCGUGGAGGCCGUGGCCCCCGUGCGCGAGAAGAUGGAUGCUUGCGUGAUCUUCCCCUCGAUGCCCGCUGUGAUGAAGCUCAACAAGCUGGGCACCUUCAGCAUGGCGCAGCUGGGCCAGAGCAAGAGCAUGAUCGGGGAGUUCAUCAAGUCCGCGCGCAAGAACAACGACAACUUUGAGGAGGGCCUCCUCAAGCUGGUGCGCACCCUGCCCAAGGUGCUCAAGUACCUGCCCAGCGACAAGGCCCAGGACGCGCGCAACUUCGUGCAGUCCCUGCAGUACUGGCUGGGCGGCAACAGCGAGAACCUGCAGAACUUCCUGCUGACCAUCGCAGGGGAGUACGUGCCGGCCCUGCAGGGCGUGACCUUUGAGCUGUUCCCCGAGGUGGGCAUCUGGCACCCCAUGGCCACCACCAUGUACGAGGACCUCAAGGAGUACCUCAACUGGUACGACACGCGCCGUGACGUGGAGUUUGCCAAGGACGCCCCCAUCAUCGGCCUCGUGAUGCAGCGCUCCCACCUGGUCACCGGCGAUGAGGGCCACUACGCCGGCGUGGUGAUGGAGCUGGAGGCGCGUGGUGCCAAGGUGGUGCCCGUAUUUGCCGGCGGCCUGGACUUCUCCUCCCCCGUGAAGAAGUUCUUCUACGACCCCCUGGGCAGCGGCAAGGCCUUCGUGGACUGCUGCGUCUCCCUCACGGGCUUUGCGCUGGUGGGUGGCCCCGCGCGCCAGGACGCGCCCAAGGCCAUCGAGGCCCUCAAGGAGCUCAACGUGCCCUACCUCGUGUCCCUGCCCCUGGUCUUCCAGACCACGGAGGAGUGGCUCGGCAGCGAGCUGGGCGUGCACCCCGUGCAGGUGGCGCUGCAGGUGGCGCUGCCCGAGCUCGACGGCGCCCUGGAGCCCAUCGUCUUCGCCGGCCGCGACUCCAACACCGGCAAGAGCCACUCGCUGCCCGACCGCGUCGCGACGCUGUGCAUGCGCGCGGUCAACUGGGCGCGGCUCCGCAAGAAGGCCAACGCCGAGAAGAAGCUGGCCAUCACGGUGUUCAGCUUCCCCCCGGACAAGGGCAACGUGGGCACGGCCGCGUACCUCAACGUGUUUGGCUCCAUCUUCCGCGUGCUCAAGGAGCUGCGCAAGGAGGGCUACAACGUGGGCAGCCUGCCCAUGAACGAGACCGAGCUCAUCCAGAGCGUGCUGCAGGCCAAGGAGGCCAAGUUCAACUCCAGCGACCUCAACAUCGCGUACAGGAUGCCCACGAGCGAGUACACCAAGCUGUGCGAGUACAGCGAGGCCCUGGAGGAGAACUGGGGCAAGCCCCCCGGCAACCUCAACUCUGCUGGCAACGACCUGCUGAUCUACGGCAAGCAGUUCGGCAACGUCUUCAUCGGCGUGCAGCCCACCUUUGGCUACGAGGGCGACCCCAUGCGCCUGCUGUUCAGCCGCAGCGCCAGCCCCCACCACGGCUUUGCGGCCUACUACACCUACCUGGAGAAGAUCUUCAAGGCCGACGCCGUGCUGCACUUUGGCACUCACGGCUCCCUGGAGUUCAUGCCCGGCAAGCAGGUGGGCAUGUCUGGCGUGUGCUACCCCGACAGCCUCAUCGGCUCCAUCCCCAACCUCUACUACUAUGCCGCCAAUAACCCCAGCGAGGCCACCAUCGCCAAGCGCCGCUCCUACGCCAACACCAUCAGCUACCUGACGCCCCCCGCCGAGAACGCGGGCCUCUACAAGGGCCUCAAGGAGCUCAAGGAGCUGAUCAGCAGCUACCAGGGCAUGCGCGAGAGCGGCCGCGCGGAGCAGAUCACGGCCACCAUCAUUGAGACCGCGCGCCAGUGCAACCUCGACAAGGACGUGGCCCUGCCCGCGGCCGAGGACGCCGGAUCCCUCUCCAUCGACGAGCGCGACAGCGUGGUGGGCCAGGUGUACCGCAAGCUGAUGGAGAUCGAGAGCCGCCUGCUGCCCUGCGGCCUGCACGUGGUGGGGUCGCCGCCGACCGCCGAGGAGGCCGUCGCCACCCUCGUCAACAUCGCGGGCUCCAUGACUGAGCCAUGA